UCUUCGACAGAAAAAGUCGAUAGGUGGUUACCCGUCGGAGAGCCACCAGUUUCUCCUCCGCCGCCGCCGCGAUUCUUCGCCUGAGCGAUGCUUCUGAGCUUGAAUUGCACCAAUAGUCAAAUAAUAAGUCUUCAGGAUAACAAUUCCUGCUCCUUCCACCGCCGCCGAUGUCGCAUUUCCCUCGCCUCGGCACCGUACCUGAAAGUCGCCCUCUCAAUCGCUGCAUCUUCCUCGUCGGCGGGAGCAUCAGUAUCGCACAGAAUAGAAGAGGAAAAGGAAAAUGAAUCUGAUUUUUAUAAAUGGAAGCAGCACAGUUUUGACGAGCCGUUCGACCUGACCGAGUUGAAACGCUUUGAAACGCCGUCUGUGGAGGUGAAGGAGCUGGAGGAGCUGCCUGACCAGUGGCGGAGGUCCAGAUUGGCGUGGCUGUGCAAGGAGCUUCCGGCGCACAGGUCAGGUACAUUUAUUCGUGUCCUCAAUGCCCAGCGCAAGUGGAUUAGGCAAGAUGAUUGCACUUAUAUCGCCGUCCAUUGCAUGCGGAUUCGCGAAAACGAGUCCGCGUUUAGGGUGUACAAAUGGAUGAUGCACCAACGAUGGUUCUGUUUCGAUUUUGCACUUGCAACCAAAUUAGCGGAUUACAUGGGUAAGGAGCGGAAACACUUGAAAUGCCGUGAGAUAUUUGAUGAUAUAAUUAACCAAGGUCGAGUCCCUAAUGAGUCCACAUUUCAUAUUUUGAUUGUUGCCUACCUUAGCUCAUCUCCUUCGAGUUGCCUAGACGAAGCCUGCAGUAUUUACAAUAAAAUGAUCCAUUUGGGCGGAUACAAGCCUCGCCUGAGCUUGCACAACUCUCUUUUUAGGGCCCUCGUAGCGAAAACAGGACUAUCUUCUAAACAUCAUCUGAGACAAGCUGAGUUCAUCUUUCACAAUCUGACUGCUUGUGGCCUUAAAGUACACAGUGAUAUUUACGGCGGGCUUAUAUGGCUGCAUAGUUAUCAAGACACAGUAGAUAAAGAGAGAAUUGCCGCAUUAAGAACUGAGAUGAAAUCUGCCGGUUUUGGAGAGAGUACAGACAUUCUUGUAUCGGUUUUAAGGGCUUGUGCUAAGGGAGGUGAUGUUACAGAAGCUGAAAGAACUUGGACAAAGAUUCUUUCUUCGACCAAGAAGCCUCCAACUCAAGCCUAUUUGUAUCUAAUGGACGUCUAUUCGAGGGAUGGAAAACCAGAGAAAUCUUUGGAAAUAUUCAGGGAACUCCAAGGUCGUACCUCCUGCAAUGUUGCGUUGUUUUACAGAAUCAUUCAGAUACUGUGUAAAGCUCGGGAGAUAAAACUUGCGGAGUCUGUCAUGGUAGAGUUCGUCAACAGUGGAAUGAAGCCCUUGACACAAUCUUUUGUCGACAUGAUGAGUAUGUAUGCAGAACUAAAUUUGCACGGUAAGGUGGAGAUAACUUUCUUUCGGUGCCUAAAGCAUUGCCAUCCGAACGAGACUAUUUACAAUCUGUACUUGGAUUCUUUGGUGCAAACCAACAAUCUUGACAAGGCAGAAGAGAUCUUCAACCAAAUGUGCGCUGACGAGACAAUUGGCGUCGAUGCUAAGUCCUGCAACGCGAUAUUGCGGGGCUACCUUGCCGUUGGAAACAAUGCUAAGGCGGAGACGGUACAUAGUUUUAUGCAAGAGAAGAAAUAUGAAGUCGAAGCUUCGUCAAUGGAAAAGCUACAAAGCAUUGCAACUGUAAACGAUGAAGAAGUGAAAGAACCGGUAAGCUUAAAGCUCGGGAAAGAGCAGAGAGAGAUCAUUAUCGGCUUACUUAUGGGCGGACUGAGGAUCGUAAUCGAAGAGGAAAAGAAGAGUCAUGCAGUCCAUUUUGUAUUCAGAGAAAAUUGCGAAAUCCAUUCAUCUCUGAAGAGACAUAUAUACGACGAAUUUCACGAGUGGUUCGCUUUUAAACUGCUGGUCGAAGAUAAAAUUCCUUCCCGGUUUUCAGCGAUACCUCACCCUUGUUUCAAGUUCUACGGAGAUCAAUUCUGGCCGAAAGGUAUCCCGGCAGUUCCAAACCUUAUCCAUCGGUGGCUGACUCCUCGGGUUAUUGCGUAUUGGUACAUGUACGGGGGCUACAGGACAUCUUCGGGAGAUAUACUGUUGAAGCUGAAAUUCAGCAAAGACGAUGUGCUGAGAAUUGCAAAGACGAUCAAAUCUAAAGGGUUGAGUUGUCGCGUAAAGAAGAAGGGGACUGCUUUCUGGAUGGGUUUUCUUGGCAGCGAUGCGAUGGGGCUGUGGGAACUUAUCGAACCGUAUGUACUUACAGAUUUGAAAGAAUUGUUGGAAGCAGGCACGAUAUCAACGAAUGGAAGUUCAGGCACUGAUGACGUUAACAGCAGUAAUAGCCGGGACAGCGAUGGCUAUUCGUCAGAUAAUGUUGAUGCAUAGGUGCUCUUGUGGUUUUGUGUAUCUAUCUUUGGUCGGGAUUUUCGUUGCGAUUUUGCUCAAAAAGCGUUGAGAAGCUGAGGGAGAUCCGGUGUUGAUAAAUGGUAUGUUUAAUUAGAUCGUCUCUAUCAAGUUUUAAUAGAUCAAAAAAUUUAUGUUUGUUU